AUGUUCGUCACGUUCACGCCUGGAUUGCCGUCGCUCAAAAUUGAAGCUCGUGGCAUCCCCCUCUCAGGCCUGUACCCUCGUUCACGAUGGUGGCGUUACCGUGAUAUUCCCGAACUGAACGAAGCCAUGACCACAGCGUGCUCGCCGCUGGCCAUCUGCGGGCACAAGGCGAAGGACAAGACGAUUCACGGGCCGAGCGACUUCGAAGCCCACCGCAGCACCGAUGGCAGGAACUACGUCGUCGACUUUGCGCGCCUGUUGCCGCCUCAGAGUCCCUCCGAAGAGUACCGGCUCUCGCACUCUUGA